AUGCAUUAUCAUCUUCUGAUUGCACCUGUUUCGACUAAAAAUGAAGAUUCUAAACUAAACAGGAACGUGAGGAUCAUGCUUGGUAGCCAUCCAUAUUCACAUUGGCCACUGCACGUCAAGCUCUUUACGGAAGAGGCGGCCCGAGCAUGGCACAAGGCUGAAAAAACCACUGGACAGCUUCCUGAAGGAUUCACUAGCUCAAUAGAGCUUGAAGGUGUCGAUGGCAGCAAUGCGAGAUUGUAUGGAGGGUCUGGUAGGAACGGGCCAAUCGAUAUAUUGGAUGGUCAGUCAUCUCCAUCAGAUUUCGGAUAUCUUCUUAUGAGAAUUCUAGAUGCAUUUACAAAGCAACAUCUGUCCAAAGCUGAACGGUUGCGGGCGUCUGGGACACCCAUUCCAUGCACAAUCUGCACCAGUGAUAUUGACCUCGACAAAGAAGUAAGACUGAGAACCUCCCACAUGAUAUGUCUAGCAAGCGCAUUUACUGCAAACAACAUAUAUGACGACAUUAUCCCGAGAGGUGGCGUUUGUGAAGUUUGCUCUCAAUGGACAUCGUGGGGAGAUAUCGUCAAAGGGGCUGAUAGGAGACGACAUGGCGGCGCGGCGCCCACAGAGGACGAACCUGUCGACGAGGAAGAGGAGACACCUUUAAAUGAAGAUAAAGAUCUCGACGCGAUGAUCGUUGAACCGACCACCCCGCCGAGGAAGCAGCCUGUUACACGUAAUAAAACGCCGCUCAAAAGUGUCAUAUCACCUCGGAGAAAGUCUCCUACAAGAGGAUCACCUCGGUCUUCCAAGAAAACGCUACUCGUCCCGAUAAUACCAAACCGCAGCCGUGCUGUCAAGCCGAAUAUCACAAGAGAUACAAGUGAAGAGGAAAAUUUCGAGGCAUUGCUCGAUCAGAUAAAUAAUGAAACGGAUGAAGACGAUCUA